AUGCUCUCAGUCAAAUUCACACGAAUGUCAAAGACUUUUAUGUUUGGUUCUAUAUUAUCAGCAAUGAUUGUGCUCUUAUAUCUAACUUUAUUUGACCGUGAAGAAAUGAACUAUACAGCUCUAUACAAUACAUAUAAUCCAACCACUUUUGGUAGCAGGCCUUCUUAUCAUAAUGAAGAACCAAAUAAUGACAAAGUUAAUGUUAAUCAAGAAUCAAAGCACACUACUCAAAAUGAUAAGGUUAAACUUGAACCAGUGGAAAAAUUAUUUGAUGAUGAUCAACUACUUCAAAGAAUCAACAAUGAUAUAAACAACUUUUGUCCGAUAUCUACUUUUUUCAACGAUGCUAAAGUCAGACAAUUACCAAUAGAGGAACAAAUAUUCCAUAAGACAAUGUUAAAGAAAUGGGUCAUGUUAUAUAAUUCUAUGGGCUUUAAAAUUAACAUUUUACAUUAUAAUGAUGCUAUACAAAAUUUAAAACUUGAUCACUUGAUUGAAAAUAAAAUUCUUUUCAAUAAGAAACAUCAAAUCAAUGAAAAUUAUUUAAAAUUAUUAGCUUAUGAAUCUAAAGAUAUUGAUGCAGGUCUAUAUUCGGACUAUACAAUAUUUCCAAUGAUCUCUAAAUCAAACCAAUUGGAUCAACUAAGGUAUAAAUGUGAAAACUUCAAAGGUGUUACUAGACUAGAUGGAUAUGAAUAUCAAUUAUUCCAAUCAGAUAAAGAUUCAUUAUCCAAAUUAUUAAACAAUUUCAUUGAACAAAAAGAUACCAAAAUUGAAGAAUCUACGAAAUUUAAUGAUCUUUUCGCAGAUUAUUCAUUGAAAACUAUGAGUAUACUCUUACAUUCUAAAAAUAUUAAAUCUUUAUCAACUAAAAUCCCACAAAUCUUGGAUAAUCAUUUAAGAUCAUACAAUUUAAUUAAUAGAUUUGAUAAAAUCAACAUUUUGGAUCCAUUAUCAAUAUCAUCAUCACAUUAUUUUGCAAAAUCAUCAAUCCCAUUGUUUCAAACUUUAACUAAUUGUGAUUCAAAAACAUCUAAAAAUUUACCACCACCAACAAGACAAUUUAUGAAAAUUUUUAAUGAAAAAAUCUUGAAUGAAUUACCCGACCCAAUAACUAUUGAAUCAAGUCCUGAAUAUAUUAAUAAAGUUGGGAAAUUAUUACAAACUUUAAUUGAUUCAUUAAAAAUUGAUCAUGGGAAAUGCAAAUCAAAUUUGAAAGUAAUUAUAAGUAAUAAAUUAGAACAUAGUGAAACAUCAUUAAAUUUAAUUUUCAUUCCACAUCCUGCUUCAACUUUAGCAGCAUUACAAAUGAAUGAAGGAACUUUAAUGAAUGGUGAAGAUAUUGCAAGAUUCCAAAAUAAUGAUUUCUUAUGGAGAAUGUUACUUACAAAUUUUGAUGAAAAUUAUUUGAAAAGAGCAAUUAAAGAGAAGAGAUUAAAUUAUUUAUUUUUCAAUUCUGAAUUGAUUGAUGAAAAUUCAUUAUUGGAACAAAUUUCAACAUUUUUAGGAUUUGAAUUACAAUUAAUUGAAUCAAAUAACCCAGAAAGUAUUGUUGAAAAACAUGAUAAUUCAAAAUUCUUGGAUUUAAUUCUUGAUGAGAAAAGAACUUUAUCAGAAGUUGAUUUGAUUAAAAAAUUAGAUCAUGUUAAAGAUCUAGUUUUAAGGUAUAAUGAACCAAUGCCAUUUAUUUUAAAUGAACGUCAAUCUAAAGAAAAAUUAGAACAAUUUAAGAUUAGAUUUAAAAAAUUUAAAAUUUAA